GCCGAGUCCAGAGACGUGGUCACAGACAUCAAGCUUGUUAUUUAUGGGACAGGCACGAAGGGAAACGACACAGAGGACAACGCAGCUACCACUGACAGCGGCGCUGAUGACUUUUCACCUGUUAACGACCAUCCUCAGAGUAACUCUUGAACGCUGUCUCAGGGGAUUAUAAAUGUGUGGAAAAGAAGUUUAGUAGUCUGCUUUGAAAUGGGUACAUCACGACAGCUGGUCCUGUUUGUAUGCCUGCUGUUAGCUGCAAGGGUAUCAUGCAACCUAAAGAGCACCGCGCCUAUACACGUGUGGCCUAUCUCAAAUAUAUCUAUGUUCAAUGACGUCAUGGGGCACGUCACGAUAACGCACGAUAAGGCCUCAGUUUGUUUCAACUUCAAGGAAGGCCCGCUCGAUCUUCCGUACUCAGUGUUGGACCUUCAGCACCAGUCGGACCACUGCUAUGACGUAUAUUUCAAGAACGCUGAACCGUUUCGAGACUUAACGUUUUCCCUUUUUGUCUAUGCCGAUAACGACGUAGAAGACAUUAAAGGGACGAUGAUACAUUAUCAGGCGCAAGACCGGGAGAUUCUCCGCAUCCGGAUGUUGGCAAACACCCUGUUGGUCUCUUUCCGGGACGAGUAUGGGAUGAGCGCCGGUAUGAUGUAUCUCGUCAACUUCCUCAACCCUCGUGUCUGGAACCACGUUAUCAUCACACGUGACUACGUCACUGGGAGAAUCGUCGUGAACAAAGAUGGCGUCGAAAUGUACAACGACGAUGACGAGUUCUCUGACGUAAUCAGUUUCCCGAGCGCGGGAAAACUGCGGAUGGGCAAGUCGCAAGACCCGGAUGACGAGGACGUCUUCAACGGAGAAAUAGCGUGCGUUCAGGUGUACGACUACGUGGUGCCCGCAGACGGCAGUGACAUGGUGAAAGACUUCUGCCAGCCGAACAAUUGGAAGAACACGUUUAAAUAUUUUUACCAGUCUCGGGCCGGACAGAUGUGCGUGACGGAUCCACCCAGCAACUCGACCUCCUCCUUCGUCGUUACCAUGACGACGCUAACGAGCGGGGCAUCGUGGGGUAAAUUCCUAGAAAUGUCGCACCUUAACGAAAGCGACAACGAGGCUGGUUAUUUGAGAUUGAAGUCACGUGACAUGAAGCCUUCAACAGACAGAGCUCUGAUUGGUCGUUUCAAUGCUACCAAUCAGCAGGUGUGCGCGCGCCUGUGUAUGCGGGUGGACGGAUGCAGCGCAAUUCUUACCGACAAGUCUGGAGUCCAAUGCGACCUGUACCACGACAAUUCAGAUUUGUUUGUCGAUUCAUUGGGGGCAAAGUUCUACAUACUGAUGGACUAAAACGCAGCGUGAUGUAUCUAGAGUUACUUCGUCUGUACCUUAUUUAUUUUGAUGGUGUGAAAAAUUGAUAUUGUGAAAUAUAUCUUUACAAUUGCAGUUUCUCAGAUAUUAAACAACAUGAAAAUCGGCUUAAAAAUUGAACUGUUAUACAAGCUUACACAAGUAGUAUCAACUGACAUGUAUUGCUUUAAGAAUUGUUUUUAUAUUAAAUUCUGAGUCGCUUCAUUGCCAUCGCACGAAACAAAUGGAUUUAAUAUUCAAAUCACACCAUCGUUCGAAAGAAAAAUCGAUGUAUUCACAGACCGCCAUCGUACGAAAAUAAAUCGAUGUAUUCACA